UCAACAGCACAAUGUCAAGGAUGUAAACAAUGUAUAAAUAGUUGUAUAAAAUAUUUACAAUUUUAUCUGUCGCAGAGGUGUUUUGAAGACUUCGCGGGAGACAUCCUGAAAUAACGCGAUUUGCAGCGGCGGCGCGCGCGCACCCGCGCGGCGCUGCCGUCGCCCGCGCUUAUCCGACGCCAUUUUCACACACGCACUGAGCUUUCCCGCAGACAGAUCACCAAGCAUCCCCCGCAGCGGCAGCGCGGCAAGACACGAGUCGUGUCUCAAGCUGCGGCGCCCUACGCACGUGCUCGCCCGUGUAACUGUGCACUUACACCAAACUUAAUCGUACCUAAAUAUUCAAAUGACUCUAAUUCAAAACCCGAGUGAAGCAAAAGGCGAAACAAUGGAGGGAUCCCCGGCCAAAGAGGAUAGCGCCAAGUCCUUGAGGCCCGUGAGAAACAGACGAUACACACGAAGGAGUCUAGUUGCAGGCCAGCGGCCUCAGAAAAGGUUAUUCACGCCAGAAAUAAAGCGGUAUUUAAAGGAUUGGCUAGUGCGUCGAAGAGACAAUCCCUAUCCUAAUCGAGAGGAAAAGAAAUACCUGGCGGAUGAAACAGGCCUUACCUACAUUCAGAUUUGCAACUGGUUCGCAAACUGGCGGCGCAAACUGAAAAACGUCAACGCGGAUCGAAAUCAACAAACGUGGGGCCACCUCAUCCGCACAUACAACGACCGCGCUCAGGGCAACGUGGAGCAGUUCAGCAUCAGCUCCGACGACAGCAUCUGGAGCGAGCCAGAGCCCACCAGCUCCAACUACGAGUCGCUAGACUUCGAGACUGAGCACGACAGCCCGGAACCACACUACCAAGAGGACUCUGACUCCUCCAUAAAUUCUAAAGAGAAAUGCGAAUUUUUCAACAACAACUCCUACAGCGAGCAGCAAGAAUGUCUCGGCGAAUCGAAGAAAAUCUCGAGUCCGUUACUCCUGAGCAAGUGGUUGGAGAGCGCAGCGAGGUUUCAGCCGAGUGAGAUGAACUACUCGUGGUGGGCGGACGGGAAGCGGCGGCGGGUCGAGGCGCGCCCGCAGCGGGUCGUCAACACCACGUCGAGGCACGACCGGGACGAGGUGGAGGCGGCGGUGGCGCUCACGGCCCUUGCUAGCGCCACCACGCGCCUCAUUGCCCCGUAGAGCGUUCGUACUUACCACAACCCAUUUAUGUGAUUUUCUUCACUCCGCACAAUUCAUUGAUACUACUUGAUUGAUUUAAUAUCCUGUACUGCCAUAAUUCUUGCAUAAUACGACACUUGCCACACGAGCUCUUUCAGGAAC